UGACAAAGUUGUUGAAAGGGGAAGAGAGAUCAGGUCUGACUUCAAGAUGAUUGCAAGGGCUUUGACAAGGAAGGGUACUGCCAUGACAAAAAUGGCGAAAUGCUCAAAGGACCAUGACCCUGCAAUUGAAACAUUCCAGAAAGCUCUUACUGAACAUCGAAACCCAGAGACACUGAAGAAACUUAAUGAUGCUGAGAAAGCAAAAAAGGAACUAGAGCAACAAGAGUAUUUUGAUCCACAAUUAGCUGAUGAAGAGCGUGAGAAAGGUAACCAAUUCUUCAAAGAGCAGAAGUACCCAGAUACUACACCUUCUGCAAAGAACUCCCAGUGUUGAGAGGAGCUCUUCUGUCAAAGCAAUAACCUGGAUUCGCAGAAAAUUAGAAUGGUCCAAUUUAAGCAAGAAAGUAUUGGCAUCACAUAAAAGUAAAUCAGUAAUAUCUUUAUGUGUAUCAUUUGGGUUGUGGUUGAAAUUUGAGAAUAAUAAAGUGAAAUGUUGUGAACCGCAUAUUUCUUUUCACAAAGGGAAAUGUGACAUUUAUUAUGGAACAACCUAAAAAAGAAAGUAAGACAAGUAAAAUGGGACAGAAGAUGUAUUUUUUAAGGAUUACCCUAAGUUUUUGUUAUUUCAUGUAGUAUAUUGAAAUAUAUCUAGACUUAGAGACUUGUAGUACAUGCUAGUAAACAUUGGAAAUACAGGUAGAUCUUGCUAAUGUUAGGCAAAUCCAAGGUGAGGUCAAUCCUUUGGGUGAAGCUGAAAAGAUUGUUGAGGCCACUAAACAAGCCCUCAACCCAAAUAUUGCACAGGCUGCCAUUAUUUAUUAUCAGUCUAAGAGUCUACCAGCAAAUCGACAUAUUAAGGAACUCUAGUAAGUUUUUAUUAUUGUCCAAUUUGAAUUGUGGCCCCAUAUUUGUCUACUCCAAAGUUAGGAAUAUUAGUGCCGUCAUUAUUUCAUAUUUGACAUGAAUUUAUUUAUAAAUGGUUUAUUUUAAAAUUGAAAUCUUACGAGGAAAUGAACUAAAAUAAGUAAGAAAGUUAAAUUUGUUUAAAGUUUUAUUUAUUUACUCAUUUAAUACUUCGUAUGUAAUCGUAGUACAAUGAUGAUCAUGAAACUAAACGUGACAAUAAAAAUAGCCUCAAUAUAUCUCUAAUAUCAUGGCUAAUAGAUCAAAAGACAAACAACUACCAUCGUUUUGAAUCUCAAUAACUAUUCAAAAAUGUUUGGUUUUGUCUAAUUGUCUAUAUACAAACAAAAUUCAAUACUACGUAUGAAUUAUCUGUAUACAUAUGAUCUUAAGAUAAAUAAAAAUUUAUUAAUCUAAAUAUAUUAUGGGAUACAGAGUAUGAUACAUUACAGAAAUGUGUUUAACAUAAAAUAGAAAAGAUGGCUUUAACAAAAAGUCACACUAAUGAUUUAUUAAAUUAAUAGAAGUGCAGUUUUUUAUGAUACAAAACAAAAGAGAAAGUUUCCGAAAUAGGACUAAAACAGUUUCAAAAUUCCAAAAUAGGGCUAUCAUGUUUUUUAUUUCCAAAAUAGGAGUAAUUACUGUCAAGUUUGGAAAGUCAUGUCAUGUUUGAAGUCUGGUAUUAUCAAAACAUGACAGUAAUUAGUCAUAUUUUGAAAAUAAAAACUUGAUAGUCCAAUUUUUCAAAUCUUUUUAGUUUCAUAUUAUUCUCAAAACAAAAUCACCCUAAAUUACAUAGAAAGCCUGACCGUAUCUCUUUUAUGAAAACUAGCAACCCCAAAUCCCCAAUUCUUUUAUUACUAGAGUAAAAAAUAAAAAAGUGGAAAUAAUACGGAGGACAAAAUUCAAAAUUGUCCUGAAUACGGAGAAAUAUUGGCGCGCCAAUAUAGGGGUUGUGCGGAGAUCGUCCGUUCUUAAACAAGUCCCAAAUAACAUUGGAUUGAUCAGUUUCUUCGGUGAAGCAAUCCAUCAGUUUCCCUAACAAUCCAUGGCAAAGAGGCUGUUCAUCGGCGAAUCUCAGGGUGACAGAAGCUGUCAAGCUGUUAAUCCUGGAGACGGUGAAGGCACGAGUGCUGCUGAUCUAGGUAAUCAAUUCUAAAUAGAUAGCAUUAAUGGUUGGUUGAUGGCCGGUUAUUUACUACAAUUUUCAUAAAUAAAUAUUAAUCUUGUUGUGUGUGGUGGUUACUUUGAGCUAUCAGUGGGCACCAACUGGCUGAAGGAGGGUGUUAAUGAAGAUGUAUUGUUGGAGAUACUAGCUAGGCUACCAAAUAGUCGAAAUGCGGUUCAAGCAGGGCUGGUUUGUCACCUUUGGCAUUCCGUCAUCUCUCACAAGCAGUUUAUUCCCAGGUUCAUUGGCCUCCGGGAGCAAAAGAAGAAAGAGCAGCCCUAUUCCAUCAUAUUCCGCAUAGUAGAUGUUUUUAAGCAUGUUGGAGAUGAGUAUUAUCAGCCCAUCUGCAAACUCUUUUCGGAGGAAUCCGUGGUUCUCCACGGGGGAGAGGCGGUGACAUCAUUCAAAACCUAUCCUCCUUCAGGCAGCAGUGGUGGCAUCCAGCCUCCUUCACCCAACAUGGUCAUAAGAGCAUCUUGCUGCGACUUGCUGCUUUUGUCGCAGGGUGCACGCGUCUAUAAGGAUAAGCCAAACUCCUACUAUCUAUGUAACCCAGUAACCAAACAGUGGUUCCAUCUCCCCCAUGUUUAUUUCAAUAUACUCUUGAUUGGGUUUGCAGUAGUACGCAUGCCGUCCCCCCAUAACAGCUAUGGCAGUUACGAAUACAAGGUGGCUUUCAUUCAUUAUCCUACAGCUUCCACAGAUGAGGAAUUUGAUGGGGACAUUUGGAAGUUAAGAAUGGCAAUUUAUUGUUCAAAAUCAAGAAAAUGGAGUCGUGAUUCAUGGUUUCGAUAUCCUGUACCUACUACCACUAGGAAACCUAGGUUUUUCAUUAACCCAAUCACUUGUAAUGGAACUAUUUAUUGGUUGAAUUGCGAUGACGUUCCUGACUACAUCAUUGCCUGUGAUUUGGCGAAUAACCCACACUCUACUGCCUUUGUCAACCUUCCUGAAGGCUCUAUACCUAGUGGUAGGGGUGUUGUUUCACUAGAGUUGGGCGCUGUCCUGGGGGAACUGAGAUUAUUCAAUGUAUUCCGCCCGUCUUCGGUUGACCAGCAGCAGUCUUGGCAUCUCGUUGUUGUGAAAGUUUGGGAGUUGAAUCACAGAACCAAUUCGUGGACUCUUGUUCAUGACACACGCUUCAAUGAUAGGCCGCCGCUGCCUAAUGACGUCCAAGUAGAAGAAGAAAACGAGCUCAACAUCCGUACGGUUGCUUUCCAUCCACACGACGGGGAUGUGGUCUUCUUGGUAUGCGGCUGUGGUGUUUUCCGGUAUCACAUUUCACUGGGUGUCUAUGAGCAAGUCAACGAGCUCCCCGCUUCCGUGCCCCCAAGUCAUCGUCUUACGUCCUUCACUCUCCUCCACUCUCAUUGGCCUGCCACCAUGUUGCUCUCUCGUUCGAAAUAGAAUAGUUAUUGUUAUUGCUAUAUUUGACUCGCUGUUAAUGUGUUAGCGCACACAUACUACGCAUAGUAUUGUGAAAGAGUGAUGAACAUUAUUGGUUUGGGAGUGUAAUCUUGACCAUGAGGGUUGUCAGCAUUUCUCCUACAUUUUUCAGUUUUGUACCCUUUGUCCUUACACUUGAUUGUUCCCCACUUGAUAGUUCCCCCGC